AUGGCGGAAAAGGAACCGUUUGUAACUGUUGUGCUCGACUGCUGCUACUCUGGAAGUAUCAUCCGCCACGGCGUUACCGAACGUCGAGGCGUUCGGGGUGUGAAGUAUGAUGCUGCGAUUGACGCGGCUUACCCCUUGGAUCUUUCCCUUGCACGUCGGCCAACACGAGAUAUCCGCCAGCUCCAAGGAUGGCUCAUUAAUCCGAGAAAUGACACUAUUCUUGCCGCCUGUGGGCCUCAUGAAACGUCCCAAGAGCUACUAGUAGCGCACGAAUACCGAAGCGGUCCUUUAUCUCCCUUCUUGCUAAGGGCAUUGAAGGUUUCCGAUGGCUUUUUAACAAUUCAAUCGUUAUACGACCAUCUCCGACUCAAAUUUCACGUUCGCCGGCCCGAGCAGAACCCCAUGUGUUACGGCCGGAAGGACGUCUCGUUCUUCGGAGUUUUGAUACCAGGUGCAGAAAGAAAGCAUAUUUCGGCAUUGAGAGUGGGAGACAAGAUCAUCCUGGAUGCAGGAUCUGCUCAUGGAAUAUGCACAGGAGACGAGUUCGCGAUGUUCCCUCUCGGUCCAGAGACCGACAACGCUUCGGGUGUCGAUUACGAGUUUGAGGUCGCAGUGAACGAGAAUGACGAAUACCAUAUUCUUGAUAGGCGCGGAGUUGCUAUCCGCAGCUUACCUGCAGUUACCAGCACUGACGCAUCUCACAUCAGUAAGAUGGCGACCAUACUAGAACAUCUCGCAACCUUUAAAUAUGUCGAAGGAAUCGAAAACCAGACUCCAGAUCGGACGUUCGAGCAAUCUUUCACAUGUUAUCUCGAGGACAGCUCGAACAAUCGAGUCGACUCUGGGCAGACAUUAUCUGUCAGGCACGAUGAACCAUUCACCCUGACCGUCAUCAAUCAUGGGAGCGACCCGACUUACUUGACACUCUUUGACAUGGGUCCUUUAUGGCAAAUCGAAGAUAUACUGACCGGUGGUGGGGAGAUAUUCAAGGUGGUAGCUCCUGGGCAAGCUACAGCCCAUGGCACUGACCACACGGGCCGGCUGGAUAUCCCGCUGGGUUUCGAGAUUCCUGAGGAGCUGACUAUGAUGGGGUACCAUGAUUGCGAGGACGCUGUCAAAGUCUUUGUCACUAGUAGAGCAAGCUCCUUUGUUGCGUUGGAGUCAUCGAAACUGCCUAAUUCCGCGACGGAUCUCACUGGACGCUCGCGCGGGAGGAACGAUUACCAUGAACUGUCGGAUUUCCUCUCUAGUUUGGCCACGCCAAAUCGCCGACCCAAUGCGGAACUGCCCGACGAGAAAUGGAUAACGACAACAUUUUUCGUGCGGACUGUAAAGGAAUAG